AGGGAGGGACCGGACUCGAACGCGCCCCCUUCACUUUGCCCUAGUAAGCUGUCGAUGUGGGCUAUGAAACCAAGGAAGAUUGUCAGAGAGGAACGAACGGCCGAAGUGUUCCUUCCAGUGGCAGCAAGCCGACUUUAUCUGGAUUUGAGGUGUUCCUAACGUAGCGAACAACACAGUCGCUUCAUGUAGAGAAGUGGGUGCGCAAGCUGAGUCAUACUCCAGCUACGAUCGUAAUAUUCAUGGUAUAUUCAGUGCUGGAAGAGAGAUUUGUUUGAUUUCUAAAACCGUACUCCCUCUACCCCUCUUACGCUUGGGUAUGUGCUUAUCCUGUUGUACAUAUAAUGUGGUCAGAGAUAAAUUCGUUCAAAGUGUUAGCCUUGGAUUCUGCAGCAAACGUGAUCAUGUGAGUGAUUGCCUUGGAGGAAGUUGACACCGUCACAACCUUGAAGAUUCUUCCUACCAACACUCGAAACGAAGAGAAUCAUCCUAACAAUGGCAACGAUCUAGUGAGAAAAGAGAAAUCGUAGCCUCAUCUCAUGGAGACUGACAGUGCCAUUCGGGUCCCGGAAUAUUCCAAUAACAACGCCAAUGACGAGGCGGGAAAAGGUGAAAACCAUUCAGCAGGGGAGUCACUCCCAAGCUCGAAAUCCGCACCCGAUCUUCCCAUCAUCACCACUGUCUACCACAAAUCAAAAAACAAGCGCGUCCAUUACAUGGCCCAGGAUUGGCCAGAUGACAUGAAAAUAAGUAAAGAGGCUUUUGAGGAGUAUGCGGCCAAUAUUGAGCGAGAAGACUUUGAGGAUGACAUCCGGAAUCUUAGCUCGAGUUUACAUCAGCUCGUUUCAGCUCGACGAGAUACCAUUUGUAAACUUCGAGUUAGUGCCGAAUAUCUCGACUCGGUUUGGGUCCGAUGUCGGAUAACCAAGUCUGUGGGCACCAGUGCCUCUGUGGUGGGUGGAAGUCUAACGAUAGCUGGGGGAAUCCUAACCUUGACCACAGCCGGAUUGGCAGCACCUCUGAUCAUUGCGGGCAUUGCUACCAGUUCCGUAGGAGCAGCCACAAAUAUUGGAACCUCUUUGAUCGAACGCAUCAUCAAUUCGAAGCAGGUUCGCGAAAUGGGCACAGCUCUGACCAGAGACAAGGAAUUGACCUUGAAGAUCGAGUCGCAGAUCGAAUCAAUGCGGAGGUACCGCGGAUCUACUCAUUUGAACUCCCUCAUGGACCUAGUCGAGAAAAUGCUCGGUCACCAUCACAUCCUCAUGGCCAUCCUCAGAGCAGUGUUCUCCGUCGAGUCCAAACACGUGGGUGGAUCCAACACCCUCUCUUCCAAGUUCUUAUCGGAGUCUGUCCACGCAGCUAUUACCGGGUCCAAUAAAGAAGUGAAAUUGUCAGCCGGAGUGGUAGCCUGCAAUUCAACCCCGGAUUUGAGCAUGGCCAAAUCUUGUGCUACUGGGGCAGCGUCUGUGGCAGCGACAACGAUGGCCAAGACCACGGCCAGAGGUGCCAAAGAGACGAUCAAGUAUAACCCGAUUGGUCCAGACGUGUUCCUGGAGACGGGGAAAGUGGUCGGACAGAACAGCACAAGAUUGGCUGGUCAAGUUAUUGUGGGUGUUAGUGCAGCAUUCUUGGUGUGGGACGCCAUUGAUCUCGGCUGGACAGUAACGGAUUUGAUCCGAAAGAAAGGCUCUCAAGCUGGAAAGAUUCUAAAGGAUAAAGCGGACGAGCUGGAGGAGGCUCUCAAGGAGACCACGGAGAAUUAUGACGUGGAACUGGUCCGCGAUUGAAUUUGACCAAAAAUACUCGAUUGUAUUUGUCAGAAAAUAUCCUUUGUUUUGAUAAGAUAUCCUCUUGCAAUAUCUGUGAUACAACUCAGUCAACAAGAUUCCAACUCGUUUUAUGGAAUAAUAAAGUCAAGAUACAUCAUGAUUA